CUUUUCAAUAAGAGUUAGCUUUCUUCGUAUCGAAUAAUCUUUGCAUAUAUACAUAUUGCUAUUUGUCAGUGUUUUAAAAUGGCGGACUUAAAUGAGAAGUUGUUAGCAGAACUCCUCAAAAAACCUGGAAAUAAUGUGUGUGCGGAUUGUGGGGCAAAAAAUCCAGAAUGGGCUUCUUAUAAUAUAGGAAUAUUUGUAUGCACAAGAUGUGCAGGUAUACAUAGAUCAAUGGGUGCACAUAUUUCUAAAGUUAAACAUUUAAAACUAGACAGGUGGGAAGAUUCUCAAGUAAACCGAAUUAGAGAAGUUGGUAAUAUUGCAGCUAGGCUUCAUUAUGAAGAACGUGUACCUCCAUGUUAUCGCAGACCAAAUCCAGAUGCACCACAAGUAUUAAUAGAACAAUGGAUAAGAGCAAAAUAUGAAAGAGAAGAAUUUUGUCAUCCAGAGAGACAAAACCAUUAUGUUUCAGGAUUCAUGGAAGGUUUUUUAAUGAAACGUGGUAAAGAAGAUUCACGUUAUCAUCCACGAAAAUUUGUUCUUUGCGAGGCAGAAGAUACUCUCAAAUAUCAUGUUAAAGAAAAUAAGGAACCCAAAGCUGUUCUUAGAAUAUCAGAAUUAAAUGUUGCUUUUGCUCCUCCUAAAACUGGUAAUCAGAAUAGUCUGCAAAUAUCAUUUAUGAAAGAUGGUACAACAAGACAUAUCUACGUAUAUCAUGAAGAUCCAGAAGUAAUCACAAAUUGGUAUUUGGCAAUACGAUGUGCAAAGUUACAUCGCUUGCAAGUUGCAUAUCCAGGAGCAACUGAAGCUGAAUUACUUUCACAACUUACCAGAGAUUUUCCUCGUGAAGGAUUUUUAUGGAAAACUGGACCUAGAUAUACAGAUGCCUAUAAAAAAAGAUGGUUCACACUAGAUGGACGAAAAUUGAUGUAUCAUGAUGAUCCUAUGGAUGCACAUCCAAAAGGUGAAAUCUUCUUGGGCCACAGUUCAGAUGGUUUUGCAAUAAAAACAGGAGUACCUCCUGGUGCAAGAGAUCAAGGAUUUUCAUUUACUCUUGAAACUCCAGACAGAACUUAUCUUCUUUCUGCUCAAAGUGAUGAUGAUAGAUCACAAUGGAUGAAUGUAAUUCAAAAGGUCAUAGAUAAACCACUUACUCCACAAGAUGCGACUGUAGCAGCGCGUCUCAUAAGAAAACGCACAGCUAGUGGAACAAUGAAUAUAUUUUCUUCUACAAGGUAGGGCUGGAUCCCUCUUAGGUGCCUUUCCUAAUUGUUAAAAGUGAAUAUUAGAUGAACUAAUUAAGCUGAUCUAUUAAGACUGUUAAAGAAGUAGAUCAUUCAACUUACUUGAUGGCAAGUAGAUAAUGUUUUAUAAUCGCACAAUGCUAUCGAGUCACAUAUGCAUAUUCAUUCAUAAAAAUACACGUUAUAUCUUAUACAUAUAUACCGUUAUAAAAAAUAUAUUUCAAGUAAACACAAAAUAAUUUUUACAUAUUCUCAUAUGAGUAUUAUCAAUUUUAAAAAGUUUAAUAUGAUCGAAUAGCAAAUUUAAAUGAACCAAAUAUAUUAAAUUAAGUGGUUCUUUCUAAUAGUAUAAUAUAAAAUCAAUGUAAAAAUUGACAUAUACUCUUUAAAAAUACUUUUAACAUAAAAUACUUCUUGCUUGCUGUCGAACCAAACUGACAGUAUUAUAUACUACUUGUAAACAAUAUUUACUUAGUAAUAUUACCUAUGUAUAAUAUUUAUUUGCUGAAUAAUGAAAAUUUAUAAAAUUCUAAUAGAAUACAUAGUAUUCUUUAUAAAUUUUAAAUUGAAUAUUGUGUAACAAUAUAUAUGGAAAAAAUAAUGAAAGUAGAACACACUAAAUGUAUGUCUAAAUAUUUAAAUUCUGUUUGAUAUUUAAAUUCAAUAUUGAUCAAUCAUGAUAUUUUUUUAAUUAUGAUUAUUAAUUCGCUUAAAUAUUCAAAAUAAGUAUAUAUAAUAUAUAAUAUUUUAUAUGGAAAUAAUAAACUUCCAUGGCCUAUCUUUUUAUGCAUUCUUUUGUACAAUUGAAAUAAAAUAAGCUAAAUCAAUCAAAUUUUAUAUACAUAAGUACAUAUUGUGUUGCUACAAAUAUAUGUAUUAUAUAAUUAAUAUGUUAUAGCAUUUAUAUGAACAAUAUUUAUUAUAGAAACAUAAAA